AAGGACAGAGUAGCAGAGAGGGGCUUGAGCCUGGUCUUGAGCUGCCAACAUGGGACAAGCAGCAAUGUGGACAGGUUUGAUUCUUCUGCUGUUGCUUCAAUACAGUUCUGCUGUUAAACUAGUUUGCUACUUCACCAACUGGUCCCAAUAUAGGUCUGGCCAGGCAGCCUUCCUUCCCGAGAACGUGGACCCUUCCCUUUGCACUCACCUCAUCUAUGCCUUUGCUGACAUGAAGGAUCAUCAGCUCACCACAUCUGACCCAAAGGAUGUGCAGUUUUACAAGGAUCUGAACGGGCUGAAAAGCAG